CGCUGAAUCGAGAGUAACGGACGGUUUCGGCCGUGGUAAUUACUAUUGCGCGUCGGGUCUAGUGGUUUUGUGGAUUAUUUAGCCUUAAUGGAAUAACUAUUUCCACACGGAAUUCUCCGCACCGGUAAGAGUCUGCUUUGAAGAUGCCUCUCUUUGGGGAAAUUGUAGUAAUUAAAAGAAAUGGCACAGAUGGAACCCAUUUUCCACUGACUGCUACUACUUGUUUGUUUGGAAGAAAAGCCGAAUGUGAUAUACGCAUUCAACUGCCUCAUGUGUCCAAAGAACAUUGCAAAGUUGAAGUUAAACCAAAUAAAGAGGUGAUUGUAACCAAUUUAAGUACAGUGAAUCCCGUCCAAUUAAAUGGGCAUGCGGUGCAACAGCCUGUGCGUUUAAAACAUGGAGAUGUACUAACAAUUAUUGACCGUUCUUUUAGGUUUGAAGAAGUUCUUAGUACAGCUCGCAGACGUUCUUCCGGUAAAGGUGUUGAAAAUCAGGUUACUGUGAACGAAAAAGCGUCAAAUAAAAAUGAAAAUAAGACUUUGGUAGAUUCUAAAGCAAAUAAAAGCAAACGUAGAUCAGAAGGAAAUGUCACAAAGAAGACACAGAAACGCAGUUCUUUACAAAUUUCUCCUUAUAGAAGAUCUCCCAAGGAUGAAAAAGACCAGUCUCCAUUUAGUGAACUUUAUCAGAUGUUUAAAAAUACAGCUAACUCAAAACAAGAAGAUAAAACACCAGUUAUUCCAUCCAGUAGAUCACCACAAAGCCUGGAAAAGACUGAAGCAAAUCAGUCUGAGAAAUCCCCUACACGUAGACGAAGUAUAAAUCGCGAUCGUAUUGAGAAUGUUGAUACAACACCUGUUAAUUACCAAGAAUUAACUGUAAAUGGACGUAAUAAAUUGAACGAGUCAAUUUCAGAUACUAGUAUCUCAGUAAAGUCUAAGAGAGUGUCUUCAAGACUAUCGGGUGGCACUCCUAAAAGCUUGGAAAUAAAGAAGAAAGCUGUGAAUGAUGAAAAAAGAUCACCCAAAAAACGUAAAAGUGGGGAACUUGAGGCCGUUCCAGAGCCUCCUCUUAAAAGAAAGCGAGUCUCCUUUGGUGGUCAUCUUAGCCCUGAACUAUUUGAUAAGAGGCUUCCUCCCAAUUCCCCUCUAAAGAAAGGCGCAACACCUGCUCGCUUAAGCUUAUCUUUUAUUGGUUCUCCUCUUGCAGUUAAACGUAAAAGUUUUGGUCUAAAGCAAUCUGUUAUAAAGGAAACAAAUGAACAAACUGAUCUGUCUGGAAGCAAUUUGAGAAAGGAUGUUGCAACACCAAGUAAGCGAUCUCCAGCUAAGAGGUCACCAGCAAAAGGGUCUCCUAAAACUACUCCAUCCACUGCUUUUUUGACACCAAACAAAAUGCCUGUUUCUACCUCAAGCAAGAAGUCUCCUAAGACACCUGUCAAACAAUCACCAGUUAAGACGGCUGUAACUUCAGCCAAGAAUUCUUCUGAGCUAGUGUCCCCAGCUAAAAUGUCUCCUUCAGGCAAGAGCUCUCCAGCAAAGAUCACUUUGACACCAGGCAGGAGGUCUCCUGCUACUACAGGAAAGAGAUCUCCAGCUAAGAGUGAAACACCUGCCAGCUCUUCAGCCAAUACUGUCACACCAGUCAAAAUAUCUCCUUCUGUAAAAGUCACACCAAACAAAAAGCCACCUGCUGCUACCCCAGUUAAAAGAUCUCCAGCUAAGCAUGCAACGCCUGGUAGGAAGUCAACUGGUGCUGUUGCUACUCCAGGCAAAAGAUCCCCUGCUAAGGAUGAUGUAGCAGAAAUAUAUUCAUUAGCAACACCUGGUAGGUCCCCAGCCAACAUAGUUACACCAGUGAAACCUGCUGUCACACAAAAAGAGAAUGCUAUUGCUACCCCAGGCAGAAGGUCUUCUGCAACUACUUCUCCAGCUAAGAUUGCUUCACCCACAAGGUCUCCAGCUAAGCCUGUGACUUCCGGCAAGAGGUCUCCAGCUAAGCCUGACACACCUAGGGACAAAUCUGCUGUUACACCUAGCAAGAGGUCUCCAGCUAAACUUGUGGCAUCUAGCAAGAAAUCUCCGGCUGCUACACCUGGAAAGAGAUCUCCAGCUAAGCCUGUGACACCUGAGAAAAAAUCCCCUGCUUUUAGACCUGGCAAGUCGUCUCCAGCUAAACUUGUUACACCUGUCAAGAGGUCUCCAGGUAAACUUGUGGCAUCUGGCACAAAAUCUCCAUCUGUGGCAUCUGGCACAAAAUCUCCAUCUGUGACACCUGGCAAGAGGUCGCCUGCUAAGCCUCUGACCCCUGAGAAAAAAUCCCCUGCUGUUAGACCUAGCAAGAGGUCUCCAGCUAGACUUGUGACACCUGACAAGAGGUCUCCAGGUAAACUUGUGGCAUCCGGCAUGAAAUCUCCAUCUGUGACACCUCACAAGAGGUCACCUGCUAAGCCUGUGACACCUGGCAAGAGGUUGCCUGCUGCUACACCUAGCAAGAGGUCUCCAGGUAAACUUGUGGCAUCUGGCACAAAAUCUUCAUCUGUGACACCUGGCAAGAGGUCGCCUGCUAAGCCUCUGACCCCUGAGAAAAAUUCCCCUGCGGUUAGACCUGGCAAGAGGGCUUCAGCUAGACUUGUGACACCUGACAAGAGGUCUCCAGGUAAACUUGUAGCAUCCAGCACAAAAUCUCCACCUAUGACACCUGGCAAGAGGUCGCCUGCUAAGCUUGUGACACCUGGCAAGAGGUCGCCUGCUAAGCAUGUUACACCUGGCAAAAGGUCUCCAGCUAGACUUGUAACACCUGACAAGAGGUCUCCACGUAAGCUUGUGGCAUCCGGCACAAAAUCACAAUCAGUGACACCUGGCAAGCGGUCGCCUGCUAAGCUUGUGGCAUCCGGCACAAAAUCUCCACCUGUGACACCUGGCAAAAGGUCUCCAGCUAGACUUGUGACACCUGACAAGAGGUCUCCACGUAAACUUGUGGCAUCUGGCAAGAAAUUUCAGUCUUCUACACCUGGCAAGAGUUCCCCAGCUAAACUUGUGACACCUGGCAAAAAAACUCCUGCUACACCUGACAAGAGGUCCCCAGCUAAACUUGUGACACCUGAAAAGAGGUCUCCAGGCAAAUUUGUGACACCUGGCAAAAAAACUCCUGCUACACCUGGCAAGAGGUCCCCAGCUAAACUUGUGACACCUGGCAAAAAAUCUCCUGCUACACCUGGCAGCAGGUCCCCAGCUAAACUUGUGACACCUGGCAAAAAAUCUCCUGCUACACCUGGCAGCAGGUCCCCAGCUAAACUUGUGACACCUGGCAAAAAAUCUCCUGCUACACCUGGCAGCAGGUCCCCAGCUAAACUUGUGACACCUGGCAAAAGAUCUCCUGCUACACCUGGCAACAGGUCCCCAGCUAAACUUGUGACACCUGGCAAAAGAUCUCCUGCUACACCUGGCAAGAGGUCCCCAGCUAAACUUGUGACACCUGAAAAGAGGUCUCCAGGCAAACUUGUGACACCCAGCAAAAAAUCCCCUAUUGAAAAAACAAACAAGAGGUCUUCAGGUAAACUUGUAACACCAGGCAAACAGUCUACUGCUGAAACCCUAACACUGAGCAAAAAAUCUCCCAUUACUCUAGCUAAAAUUGUCACACCGGAUAAGUCUGCAUCUACUACACCGGGCAGGAAGACUCCCGGUAACAUCUCACCAGCUAAGCAAGCUCCUGCUUUGACACCAGGUAGAAGAUCCUUGGCCAAGAAGUCUGCUGUCACUCCAGCUAACAAAUCUUCUGCCACAACCCCAUAUACCAAAGGACGUUUUUCAAUUUCUCAUGUUAGUACUCCACCUGUGAUACAGACCCCAAAACGGUCCCGCAAAUCGCUGUCGUUGAAAACACCACUUAGAAGCAGGAAAAUUGAUCAGCUUGAAAUGAUUCGCUCUAGACGUAAAAGUGGUGCCACUGAAGCUAACUUAUUAGUUGCAAAGUCAUGGGCAGAUAUUGUAAAAUUUGGAGCAGCAAAAGCCCAAAAGAAAUCAGAGAAGAAAAGUGAGAAGAGACAAGGUCGCAACGCCAAAGUUGUCAAGAAGACUAAAAAGGCAAAGGUUGUACAAACUCCAGUACGGAAAGUAAAGGGUGUGACAAGUACAGGCCAUGCUGAUUCUCCUGCAACAAUUGUUAUUGGAAGGGCUCAUACAACAAAAGUGAAUGUUUCAGGACAUAUCCCUAAAGUUGUGAGAAAUCAUGCAGUGAAAGUUAGCAUCAAUCAAGAUGAAAGCUUUACAGGAAUGACUGAGCUCUUCAGUACACCAUUAAGUGGCAUCAGUACACCAUUAAGUGGCAAACAAAGGAAAAGUAAUCGUUUGAAUGGACACGGUUUGGGCACCCCAGAUUUGUCUGUCAUGAAAACACCAGAAGAAUCAGGGGAAAUGGUGAUUUCACCAUUAAAUAACAGUCCUGUUACAGCGAAGACAAAACAAUACAAUCAGGAUGCAGUGUCUCGUCUUCUGCAGACACACAAAUCACCAGGAUCACAUGGAGAAAAUGAGAAUGUACUGGUGUCAAAGAGUAAAGAAAAGGCAAGAGAGGGCUCAGGAAAUAGAGAAAAGGUUGAUAAGUCGAAAACUAAGGAAAAGCGAAAAACCACAGACCUUACAGGAAUCAAAAGAAUGAUGAGAACACCAAAACAAAAAGGAAAACCAGUUACUGAUCCUGUGGCAUUAAAAAAAAUGUUAAGGACACCAAAACAAAUUGAGUCUCUUCCUGUAAUGUAUACGCGUAGGUUCUCUAAUGGAACAGAUCUAGUUGGUAUCAAGCGCAUUAUGAAGACUCCGAAGCAGAAGGGUAAACCAGUAGAAGAUAUGACUGGGGUCAAGCACAUUAUGAAGACUCCGAAGCAGAAGGGAGACCCUGUUGAAGAUAUGACUGGCAUUAAGCGCAUUAUGAGAACACCUAAGCAGAAGGGGGAACCAGUGGAAGACAUGACUGGUAUUAAGCGUAUUAUGAGGACUCCAAAGCAAAGAGAACAACCAGUAGGAGAUCUGGUUGGUAUCAAGCGCCUUAUGAGGACACCUAGAGAAAAAGGGCAACCAGUUGAUGAUCAUAUGGGUAUAAGCCAGCUUAUGAGCACGCCAACAGAAAAUACACAUCCAAUUGAGGAAAUAUUUGGAAUAAAGCAACUGAUUAAAACUCCACCCAAGAAAUCUAUGGUUAAAGAGUCACUUGUAUCUUCUGUAAGUCAUACUCAAGAACAAAGAAAAUCUGCAAGUAAAUCAAGAAAGUCUGAAACUUCAAAGGAGAUGAAUGUACAUGAAGUUGAAGCAAUGCAAGAUAAUACAGCCCAGCCUUCACGUAGAUCUAAGACUACAACUAAUCUUUCACAAAAAGAAAACCAUGAAAACAGUCGAGAACAAAGUCUAGUAGGAACGUCUGUAAACAUUAGUGGAAAUGAUAGAGUAACACCAACCAGGAAACGAGGCAGACCUUCUAAAGGAAGUCUAUCUGACUCUGUGAAUAUUUUGAAAGCUGGCGAGAUCAUGAAAAUCACCAGAUCUCCGGUUUCUCCUAAGAAAACAAAUAUAUCAACUAAUAUAGCACCCAUAAAAGACACACAAAGUGGCCAAAUUGACCUCCCAGUAGAAGUCCCAAAAUCUAUGGAAGGCAAUGGUGAAAUGGUUAAAUCCACUCCACUUAAAAGGAGAGGUCGACCUACAAAAUAUCAAUCUGAGAAAGAUGCAUCUGAGGUGCAAGCACCUAAGGAGAUGAAUGUACAUAAAGAGGGGCAUGAAGAUAAAGCAAUGCAAGAUAUUAUAGCCCAGCCUUCACGUAGAUCUAAGACUACACCAACUAAUCUUUCACAAAAAGAAAACCAUGAAGGCAGUCAAGAACAAAGUCUAGUACUAACUUCUGUAAAUAGUGGAAAUGAUAGAACGCCAACCAGGAAACGAGGCAGACCUUCUAAAGGAAGUCUAUCUGACUAUGCAAAUAUUUUGAAAGCUGGCGAGAUCAUGAAAACAACCAGCUCUCCAGUUUCUCCUAAGAAAAUAAAUACAUCCACUAACGCAACACCCAUAAAAAACGCACAAAGUGGCCACAUUGACCCACCAGUAGAAGUACCAAAAACUAUGGAAGGCAAUGUUGAAAAAGUUAAAUCCACUCCACUUAAGAGGAGCGGUCGACCUACAAAAAAUCAAUCUGAGAAAGCUACAGCUGAGGUGCAAGUUCUUGAAAAAGCAGUAAUGUUUUCUGAACAGUUAUCAGAAACCACAAUCACCAGUAGUGAAAUUACUGCAAAGAAACACAGAGGAAGACCUAAGAGCCCUGCUGGUGUGUCUGGCCCAUCUAUUGAUGCCACUGAGAACCAAAACGUAGCUAAGUCUGUUCAGCAAGAGAAGAAAACCUCAAGAUCUCGUUCCACUUCUCAAUCUAAAAGUACAUCAAAGUCACCACAAAAGCAAAACUUGGAGGAAAGUGGCACAACAGUACAAAAUGCAGAAUUACAGAAUUUGCUGAUCUCUAUAAUCCCAGGCACUGAUGGACCCACUCCAAUAAGAAGAGGCAGACCGUCCAAGAACAUUUUGUCUAAUGUAAUGGAGUCUGCUUUAAAAGCCACUGAGAACCAAAACGUAGCCAAGUCUGUUCAGCAAGAGACGAUGAUAACCUCAAGAUCUCGUUCCACUUCUCAAUCUAAAAGUACAUCAAAGUCACCACAAAAGUUAAAGGAAAGUGGCACAACAGUACAAAAUGCAGAAUUACAGAAUUUGACGCUCUCUGUAAUUCCAGACACUGAUAAAUCCACUCCUACAAGAAGAGGCAGACCAUCCAAGAAGAUUGUAGCCACUGAGAACCAAAACUUAGCCAAGUCUGUUCAGCAAGAGACGAUAAAAACCUCAAGAUCUCGUUCCACUUCUCAAUCUAAAAGUACAUCAAAGUCACCACAAAAGUUAAAGGAAAGUGGCACAACAGUACAAAAUGCAGAAUUACAGAAUUUGACGCUCUCUGUAAUUCCAGACACUGAUGAAUCCAUUCCUACAAGAAGAGGCAGACCAUCCAAGAAGAUUGUAGCCACUGAGAACCAAAACGUAGCCAAGUCUGUUCAGCAAGAAACGAUAAAAACCUCAAGAUCUCGUUCCACUUCUCAAUCUAAAAGUACAUCAAAGUCACCACAAAAGUUAAAGGAAAGUGGCACAACAGUACAAAAUGCAGAAUUACAGAAUUUGACGCUCUCUGUAAUUCCAGACACUGAUGAAUCCACUCCUACAAGAAGAGGCAGACCAUCCAAGAAGAUUGUAGCCACUGAGAACCAAAACGUAGCCAAGUCUGUUCAGCAAGAGACUAUAAAAACCUCAAGAUCUCGUUCCACUUCUCAAUCUAAAAGUACAUCAAAGUCACCACAAAAGUUAAAGGAAAGUGGCACAACAGUACAAAAUGCAGAAUUACAGAAUUUGACGCUCUCUGUAAUUCCAGACACUGAUGAAUCCACUCCUACAAGAAGAGGCAGACCAUCCAAGAAGAUUGUAGCCACUGAGAACCAAAACGUAGCCAAGUCUGUUCAGCAAGAGACUAUAAAAACCUCAAGAUCUCGUUCCACUUCUCAAUCUAAAAGUACAUCAAAGUCACCACAAAAGUUAAAGGAAAGUGGCACAACAGUACAAAAUGCAGAAUUACAGAAUUUGACGCUCUCUGUAAUUCCAGACACUGAUGAAUCCACUCCUACAAGAAGAGGCAGACCCUCCAAGAAGAUUGUGUCUAAUGUAACUGCAUCUGCAUUAAAAGGCUCAUUGGAACAAGAUUUGUAUGUGUCAGAUGACCUAUCCCAAGCAAAGCUGGAUGAGGUUAAAACAUCACCUGGUAGAACAAAUAGUAGAAAAGCUGCCCAGAUACAAAGAAAUACCAAAAAUUCUAAAUCUAAUAGAACAGGUCAAGAGAACAAGAUCGACCUGUUUGAGUUAAACCUAGAAGCACUUCCCUCAAGAACCCAAGCUGUGGUACAAAAGGAAACGGAAAAAUCAGCUCCUUCAAGAAGAGGAAGACCCCAGAAGAAUCUUCCACCUGUUUUACCUGCUAAAGAAGAUUUACCAGAGACUAUUCCUGAUGGCCUAGUUAAUGAAAUGCCAACAAAGAGGCGUGCAGCAAGACAUGCUAAUGUGGAAUUACCUAAGGAUGUUUCACAUCAGUCAAAACGUUCAGUAGAGCAAGCUGGAUCAGAAAUUGAAGAUUCAUCAUCUGGUACCAAAUCUGAGAAGUCUGCUGGAGCAGAAAUAGCGAAGAAAAGAACUAUGAAAAAAGGACAAAAAUCUCCUUCAAAGCCAAAAGGACUGAAUGCAAGCAUUUCAGAAGCUGAAGAACCUUUUAGCGAUGCAGUGGAAAAUGUAAAGCAAAAUGAAAAUGUGCCUGCAAUUGUUGAAGUAUCUGUAAAAGGUCCAAGGUCUACUAGGAGGCAGAGAGAGAGAGCACCAGUAACUGUGAUGGAAGCACCAUUAAAGAAACUCCGUGGAAGGCAAAGUAAAAAUACUGGAAAUGAGCCUGUCCAAAAACAAGCUCUUACUCCUGAAAGAGAGAAUCCAGUUUCACAAGAAAUUGUAUCUGAAGUUUUACAACCAGUUAGAAGAGGUCGUCUUGCCCGAAAUGUCUCCACUGCUGAAGUUAUAAAUGACAAAAGCAAGACUGAAAAACCAUCUGAGAAAGCAGCUCAAGAUAUAGUUGCUCUAGAGACUAGUAUUCCAGUGAUAAAACCACAGAGAGGAAAAAGAAAAAAUCAGAAAGAAGGAACAGAAGACCCUGUUGAAAAUGCUGAAACUGCAGAUGUUCCUGUAGUGGCGGUACAAGAGAAAAGGUCCACCCGUGGUAAAGUCACAACACAAGGACAGAAUCUCUCCUCAGAAAUUAGUCUGGAUAAAAACCUAGAAGUUACAGAAGUGGUGUCUAAAAGGUCCACACGUGGGAGGGCUUUACAUCAGGUAAAGAAUAUGCUUACAGAAGCUGAUCAGGCUGAAAACAGAACUGUUACUGAAAAAGUGGAAUCUUCAACACGUGGCAAAAAACGUGUGUUACAAGUAGAGAAUAUCAAUGCAGAAAAACCUGCCAGAGGUAGAAGCAAAUUACAACCCACAGACUUUUCGUUAAGUAGUAUUGUACCAGUUGACCAAGAACUAGAUCUUUUUAAAAAGUCAUCUAUGGUAAAAUCUGUACAAUGGCACCCUCUAUUGACAGUUCAAGAGAGCACUGUUGUAGUCAAAAGAGCUCGUCGAGGAAAGAAUGAGAAUACAAUUUCAGUGCAAAAUGAUUCUAUAAUAGAACUUUCUGUUGAAAAACAAACUGUUUCUGAUCGUAAGAGAGGGAAUAAAAAAGGAGCAGAAACCCAAAAACAUUUAGGCCACAGUACAACUGUCAGAAAUGAUGAUGGUAAUGAGAGAGAAACAGAAACUGUUAAAUCAAAUGUUGACGAAACUCCAAGCAAGAGAAAUACUGGAAAACGGAAUCUAAAUUCUACCAGUGUUAAGCUUUCAGUUGAUGUACCUACUGAAUCCAUAAAUGUAAACUUGCCUAAUUCAAGACGAUGGAGAAGAGCAACGAACAAAAAUGAAAGCCAGGUUGCUGUGCAUACAGAAGAGUCUCUGUCUAAUAAGAACACUAGAACAAGUCGAUCCCAAAUUCUGGUUGAAACAACUGAUAAAUUAACAGUUGAACUUUCCAAGAACAGUAAACAAAUUUCAGUCUUAAAAAAUGAUCAGACAGAUGAAACUAAUAAAUCAAGAAGGGGUGCAAAAAGAAAAUUUGCUGCUGAAGAUGCUUUAGAAUCUGAAACUGUUCGUAAAGGGCGAAAUACUAGGAACAAUACACUGCAAGAGGAGAAAGCUGAGAAGUCGCCAAUAAAGAAAAGCAAGACUGAGGCAGCUACUAAUGCAUCUGAGAAAGGGAAGUCCAAAUCAUCAGAAGCUAAAAGUGUAAAAGAGACAGCAACUGAAGCUGUGAAGAAAACCAGAGCAAGCACGCGUGCAAGAAAAUAAAUUUUGUUCACAUUGCGUGCAUAAUAUAUUAGACUCUUAUACUUUGGACUCAACACAGCUCUUUAAAUGUUUCAAGGAUUUUUAAUGUAAUUUUAGAUGUUUCUAAUUUCUUAGCACUGCGGCUUAAUUUUUUUCAUGAAAAUUGUACAUUUUAUAUUUUUAUUCUGAAAUCAUAUUUUGUUAAACCGUCCUGACCUUACCAUUUUUAAGCAAAGAUAACUUAUAAAAUGUUAGAAACUUUUGAGAACUUUCAUUAUGGUUAUUUUUGAUCUGUCAAAUUUAGUUCAACAUAAAAACCCUAACAUUUAACAGUCUUAUAUAUAGUUUUAUUUUGUUUAUAAUAAAGUAAUGGAAUGAUUUUAAACUUGUCACAGUAGUCGACUUGCUGGUACUGUGGAGCAUGUAAUGAAAUCAUUCCUCUGUCCUGUAAAAUAGGACUUUUUUUUUUUAAAUUAUCAUUCAUUAAUUCUUGCUUAGUUACUUAUUUUUUUUUAAAAAAAAAAAAUAUGGCUUUCUGUGUUAAAAAGAUUUGUUGAUGUAAUGUUUCUUGAUUUGUAUGCCAUUUUUAUUUUGAUGGGUGCUAAAAGCAUGCAUUUUUAUCACUAUAAAAAUUUCUAACAUUUUCAGUACUUAAAAAUGCGGCGCUUUGAACUUUUUUUUGUCUGAUAUUUAAAGUUUUUUUUAACAUACCCCUAUUAAAUUUCAAAAAGGGAAUUGUACAUAAUGUAUACUUUUUAAUGGUUGGAACUUUAUUUUGCCAUGCCUAUUAGACAUUUGUAACAAAUAAGAAUGUAACAAACAGCCUUGUAGCGUUUAGAAAAGCCUGUACAGAUUUGAACACUUCAUUUUUAGUUUAGAUUUUACUUAGAGGCUGGAAAACGGACCAAAUGGUUUAUAAAAAUACACUUGUCUCAAAGUUUUGACUUUUUAUAUUUUGAGAGCAACCCAAAUUGUCAGUCUGUGUUUAGUGGUCCUUUAAUGUCCAUUCACUAUGCCAAAUUGUAAACUACAUGAUUUUGAACCUUCUGAGAAUUUUGCAAUGAAAACUGCAGCUUUAUUUUGUCAAA